AUGGAUGUACUUGAUCGGCUCCAAUCCGGGCUCUUUUUCCAGCAGCUGAGAGUCAUAGACUCGGUGCCGAACAGUAACCACCCCAACCCCUUAGAGGACCAAAGUGUGCCCAGAGCCGACUGUCGUUAUGUUUCUCCCCCGAGCGAUCAUGCUCCUGGCCCAACCCACACUCCGUCUUUGUCUCAUACUCCCGAAACUCCCCUACCACUGCUGAGCGUCUCGGUUGAUGUGGAAUUGCAUGGAAGAUUAUGCACCACAAGGGUCACCCAGCAAUUCAGUAACACGUCCUCGUGCGUCGCGCAGAAUGCGAAAUAUAUCUUCCCCAUUUAUGAUGGAUCUGUCGUCACGUCCUUUCGCUGCCGGGUUGGCAGUGACAGGCUUCUCGAAGGUGCGGUGAAAACUAAAGAAGCGGCACGGGCCGACUUUCAUCAUGCUGUCUCCCAGCACAAGGUGGCCGUAUUAGUCGAAGAAUUGGCCCCGGAAGUCUUCGAGACAAACGUAGGAAAUGUUCCGGGACAGACGACAGUAAAGAUCGAGAUCACCUAUGCCAACCUCCUGAAGGUGGACAACAGCACUGGAGGACUGGUCCUCACAAUCCCAACAUCUAUCGCGCCGCGAUAUGGAGUCGCUCCGGAAUGGUACAGUGCCAACCAGCCCUUACUCACAGAAGGCCUGCGCGUCAACGUCCAAGCAUCAAUGCCGGCAAUCAUCCGCAAAAUGGAGUCGCGAUCGCACCCAAUUUCCGUUGAGAUUGGGUCAGUUGCUCAUCAUAAUUUUACAAACUUCGCCGUUGGAGCCACAUCAGAGACAUUGGAUCUUUCGAAAGGACGAGCCACACUGGCAGGCAGAUCGGCAGUCCUUGACCAGGAUUUUGUCCUAUACAUCCUGUCCAGCUCUCGAGAAUCGACCAAGUCGCAAGCUCUCGCGGCAGCACAACCUGACCAACCCAGCCUUACCACAGUUGCCGUCACGAUACACCCCGGAGACUUGUUCCUGCAAGGUGCUAAUACAGAGGGCUUCGAUGGUGAGAUUAUCUUCAUGGCAGAUAGAUCAGGAUCGAUGAGUUCAAAGAUGCAUUCUCUGAUCAGUGUAAUGAAUGUUUUCCUAAGGAGCCUCCCUCAAAAAUGCUUCUAUAACAUUGCCUCGUUCGGCUCCCGCUUUUCAUGGCUGUGGCCUGCCUCUGAGAAAUACAGCCAAGAGAACCUGUCCAUCGCAUCGCAAUAUGUUGGAUCAUUUGAAGCGAAUUUUGGGGGCACCGAGAUCUAUUCAGCAUUGGAAAGUGUGCUAGGCCACUAUAAUAAAAGGAGCGAUGUGGCUACCAGUGUGAUUCUUUUGACAGAUGGGGAAGUUUGGGACGUGGACAAUGUGAUCCAGCUAGUCAGAAGAACCGUGUUAAACCGGGAGUCGAAUAUUAGAUUCUUCUCGAUCGGCAUUGGAGAUCGCGUCUCCCAUCGUUUAGUUGAGGGCAUUGGGCAACAGGGGGGCGGCUAUGCAGAAGUGGUGCCCGAAUCCUCAAUGGGCUCAUGGCAAGAAAGUGUGAUACAGAUGCUGAAGGCGGCGCUGACACCGUCUCGUCUUCAGUGCGAAGUGCACCUCGACCAGGGACUUACGACAAGGACUUCUGAGAGGCAGGUUUCUGGAUAUACCUUGCACUACCCGACAAUGAUCCAGGCUCCGUACCAUAUCCCCAUGCUGAAUACCUUCUCAUAUUUUUCCCUCUACUUCAUAUUGGAGAGGGGGCUCGAGUCGCUGCCCGCGACAGUCACAGUCUCUGCGACUACUGACAAGGGAGAAAAGCUCACCACGCAGUUGCCGCUGCAGAAGGCGACCGACCAAACAGCCAUCCAUCAUCUUGCGGCAAAGGCUUUGAUGAACGACUAUGAGACAGGGAAAAGUUGGCUGCAUACUCUAAAUUCAUCUCUAGAGUCCACCAAUCCGGCCGCAUUUAACAAGGUCUUGGAACAACAGGCACAACACCUUGGACAGAAAUGGUCCAUCACGAGCAAGUGGACGAGCUAUGUUGCCAUAGAUCGUACGAGUAUCAAGCACCACGAGAUAUCGAUCCAGAAAGCGGAUACUAUCGAAAUUGCUCAUUUGACCCGGCCACGUCCUAGACCUGCACCUUUUUUCGAUUUGCCCAGCUCAAUGAGCUCGGAAUCAGGUACUGAGCUGCCUGCAGUUGUGGAUCUUGCGCCUCCUGCACUUCCUCCCACUUUGUCCAACUCAAUGUGCUCGGGAUCAGUUACUAUGAUGUCUGUAGAUUCUAACGCUUUGCCCAACUCAAUACGCUCGAGAGAAGAUACUGAGCUCGAGCAGCGGCUAUGUAAAAGUAUUCGAGAAAGAAUGAAGGGCCUUGUAUGGGCUUUUAAGCGGCCCAGAAAUAGCUCCCCUUAUGUCAAUGAAAACUCCCGAGUAACCAAGCCGCCGAGAAGCAUUACUAUGCCAUCUAGCAUACAAGCGGAAGAGCUUCUUUCCCUUGAUAAAAUUCUCCUCACACAAGAAGCGAGUGGAAAAUUCCAUCUCGGCAGCUUUAGACAUGAAUUGAGCAGGAAAUACGGCACCUUGGCGCUGGAGCGGUUCCUGGACGACAUGUUUGACAAUAAUCUGUCCGUCCAAAGGAGCCCAGGCUUCAGGCAUCUUCACCUGAAUAUACUUGCUGUUGUCUAUAUCACAGACCAGCACGCCGCUUCCAAGGGCCUUUGGGAGCUCCAGGUAGCGAAGGCGCGUCAAUGGAUCAAGCAAAAGAUAAUCGAGCUGUUGAAGGAGAAGGGCGAUUUGAAGGAACUACCAGAGAUAUCACUGGAAGAUCUGGAAAGGUCUAUCAUUACCGAACUGCAUGAAAAGGAUCCUCGAGGAACAUGA